AUGGAUUCUCCGCGGCCUGCGAAGCAAGAAGAACUGAGCGUACAUGUGCCUUUAGGGAACCUUAAUUCCACCCCACAGAGGAUGAACUGCAUUGAGGAAGAAGAAUUGCAUGGCACAGACAUACCACCUCCAGACCUUGGAGGAAUCAAUACGCCGCAACGUCCCGCAUCUCUGUACUCCAAUCAAGAGGCUAAUAACUCGAGUAGCAGCUUCAUCUACAACCAGGGAUUCAGUUUUGGUGAGGACUCUGGGUCGCUGGGGCCUGGUAAUGCAAAUUUUGAAAACAAACGUCACUCAAGGUAUCUUCCGGGUCCGAAACUGCCGCCCCUGUCAUCUACUCGAAACCGCUCUCCUGUAAGGGUAGAAAAAUCUUCGUCGCCAGACAGAUCGAAAAGGAGACCCUCAAUUAUCCUGGAUGCACCAUUUAACUUCUCUUCGGCGUCCUUGCAGCCACCUUCGUCGGCAGGAUCCGCCACAUCCAGAACUCAAUUUAGAAGAGGCCAUCGAUACAAACAUUCAUCUGUAUCAAUGAAUUUUUUCCAAGAACCAGAAGUAAAAAUACCCCUCAACAUUGUCAAAUCAUUACCAUUGCCUGAUCUGGCUGACCUUAGGUCGAACAUCCCUUGGCCUCGUGGUUACAUACAGUUGACCACAGCAGUCGCGCAACUCAUAUCCUGCGUUGUUACAUUUCGCGUUGGACAUUCAAAAUCAUGGAGUAAUUUCGUCACCCUCUCGCAUUUCAUUCUUUAUGACGUUUUAGGCUCUGGAGCCAUCAUUUUAGUGGAGAAUUUAUCUCAAUUUCAAGUCUGGAAGACGGGAACGAUCACGUUUCCUUUUGGACUUAAUCGUAUCGAUGUUCUCCUCAGUUUUGCCCUGGCGGUGUCUCUAUGUUUCAUGGGAUUAGAUCUCUUUUUCCACGUGCUAGAAGAAAGCAUUGUUGCCUUUGUUGAGUCGUCUGGACAUGAGGGUCACGACGAUAUUGCUCCAAAAAUUUUACACUCACAUGGAUCCCAUGCAAGCUUCCAAACACCAAGCGACGAACACUUAUGGUUUGCACUGCUAGCUCUAAAUUUUUUGUUGUCCAUAUUUUGCUUGACCUGGACUUUCCAAUCAAAUGCGCACACAAAGUAUAAAACGAAAAAUCCUAUCGUUACCUGCACCUAUAUUGCGUAUUUGACCGUCUUUCCGUUGAUUUCAGGUUACUCGCGUAUUGACCAAUUUGCCACCGUCCUUCUUUCAAUCUUUAUCAUUUCAUAUGGAUGGACGAUUGCCAAGUGGACUUCAAGUAUUUUGCUGAUGGGAUUCUCUCCCAUGUCACUAAAGGGCUUGAUCCUGAACGAUGAAGAUGAAGAUGAAGAUGAAGAUGGGGCGCGGUCAGGAUUGAGGCAUAAGUCAGCGGGCAACAAGUCUCACAUAAGCUCGCGUGUUUCCAAUGGGUCACUGGACGGAAAGGACAGUAAUGCGUCGCGUGUGAAAGUAAGCAUCGUAAAAAGCGUUGAAGAGGAACCUGUUUUCAGGGAGAAAUGUUUGCUCAACUAUGACGAUUUGAAAAUUGCUAAAGUAAGUUUUGAUCAAUAUAUUGUUCUGUUGAAAUUAACAAUAAAAGGUGGAUCAAACGAAGACGAGCUGAGACUGCGUCUGGCUAUAGAUAAACGCAUCAAAAGAAUUUUGAAGGGAGCUGAAACGACUAUUGAAAUUGAAAGACUGUAG